AUGGAAUGCCAUGUUCUGAAUACCAUCUGGCUGUCCCAGGUUGGAGGAAUUCGUUCGCGUCAAUCAAAAUCUUUGCCUGUGCCUCGAAAUCAAGCACGACCAUUUUCAGAGGACGGUACGGCCGGGCGAGAGCAAAUUCCCACAUGGUAUAACCGGGCUGCUGAUCGCUCACCUACGACCGAGAGGAUUCAACACCAUCUUGCCGUGCUGGCCCGGCCCAAUAUUGUGCGGCAACAGUUUCAUUAUUCCAAGGCUCUCACCAGUGGCAUCCCCUUUGUCAAUGCACGGAAUUCGAUCAUGCUUCUCUUCUCACCGUUCCUAGAGAAAUCCGAGUUGGCGAUACAGAAGUACCCUAGGUUUGAGAAUUCCUUCGUCACCGCCGGAGGUGUCUUGUUCACUCGCGGCUGGAUCCAUGAGUAUUGUGUACACGCCACGCAAUACAUAUCCGAACUGGACAGUCACAUUUCCAGGACUGGGUCCAAUUGGAAGGUCCAAGGAUGGGAGAUUGCGCUGACUCUUGUUGCAUGGCUUUUUGACUUUGGUACCGAUGAAAAUUUCCUCUGGGAAGCAUUCCGUACCCAUAGAGACAAGAUCCUGGGCAGCAAUUCGGAGAAACAAGCGGACUCGCUCACAGACAUCCAGCCGGUAGGAAAUCCACAGGUCGUCGAAGACAUUCACCGGGCACUUUGGAGCGGCCGCUCAACCGAUAUGACCGGGUCUCGUCAAGCUCUUGCCCCAACUAGUGAUCGGCCCGGGGCCAAGUUUUCCUCGGCGCAUAAGGUAACUGCAUAUGUUCUUCCGGUUUGGUCAACGUCCAUAUCCAUAAGAGCCGGAAAAGUGGGUGAUCGGAAUAUCUUACCGUUCAUCCACCUAACGUUAGCAUUCCUUUGGAGCUCAUCAUUUGUAAUCAAGAAAUUUGUGCCGGGGGGAGAAGUGGUGGUGUCACCUCUCUGGGGAGCACGAGAAUUUCCCCGGCAUAACCAAGACCGUCUCACCAGAAGUAGACUCCCUGCACGUUGA